AUGCAGAGCGUCAACAUGCUGAUGGGCAAGGCAGUGGGCAGUGUGAGGGUGACCGAGCUGGACUGCAGUGUUCAGGAGGAGGACUGGGAGAGAGGUGACGUGGGAGGUGAUGUGUUGGUGGACGUGGGUUCAGGGCCCACUCUAUACCAGGUGUUGAGRGGCUGUGAGGUGUUCGACACUGUGUUUCUCACAGACUUCCUGGAGGUGAACAGGCAGGAGCUGAGGCGUUGGCUGCAGGGCGAGGGCUACAGCAGCCUGGACUGGACCCCCUACCUGCAGCAUGUCUGCAAGCUGGAGGGCCGACGCCCUUCAGCGUGGACCGAGAAAGCRGCGCGCCUGCGUUCUGUUGUCUCCGACAUUCUCCCCAUCGARGUGCACCUCCCCCGCCCCCUGCACCCUGACUCCCAGCUCCCCACUGCCGGCGCCGACUGCCUGGUGUCCUGCUUCUGCCUGGAAAGCGUCAGCCCUGACCUGGCCUCCUUCACCCGGGCCCUGGGCCACAUCAGGGGCCUUCUCCGGCCCGGGGGCCACCUGCUCCUCAUCGGGGCCCUGGGUGAAAGCUACUACAUGGGGGGGCCCGGUGUGCGCAUCCCUGUGGUGCCCCUGGAUGAGGCCCAGGUGUGUGCCAGCGUGAGGGCCAGUGGGUACACGUUGGUGAGGCUGGAGGUGUACACGCUGCCCCAGGGCAUGAUGGUGGGGGUGGACGACGUGACGGGCGUGUUCUUUGUGAAGGCCAGGAAGCCAUAGAGGAGAAGGAGGAGGAAAGGAGAGGAGGAAAUGAGAGGAGGAAGGUGGGUAGAGGUGGGAG